AUGUGCUACAAAGUACAGUGCAAGCAAUGCAAAAGGUAUUCCUGGGGUGGGUGUGGCAAGCACCUCACCACCGUUUAUGCGAGCAUAGAUAAGGGAAAUCAUUGCAUGUGCAAGUCAUGGCCGGGUGUUGUCGUCCCGGUGGAGGAAACAGCUACCGAGCAACAACCAUCUGGCGGAGCUUCAUCAGCUUCAGCUACCACCACUGCAGGAUCAAGGCAUCAGGGACGGUAUUAUGUGUUUAGGAAAGAGGAAGAUGCCCUCGAAUGGGUAGAACCAGGAACUGUAGCACUUGUAGUAAUAUUCUCAAUUCUCAAAAGGAAACAACAAGUCACCAAAGCACGUGAAUGGAGAACACAGAGGGGCUCCAUUAGUCUUCUUCUGCAAGACAAUUAUCCGCCUCACCCUUAG